AUGACCAGCUCCUCGGUUGCUGGGGACGUAUGUUUUUGCUCGUCCGCAAAUGCCAGAGCUCAGAGCUUCAAUAUGCGAGAAUCCAUUUGGAUUGGUCUCGAGGUUGGUUUGGAAACGGCUCCUUUUUCGCGGAAGACUGAAGACUUGGAAGACUUUGAGAUGGAUGUGGAAAAUCAACUUCUGGAAACCUUUAGAUCUUGGACUCCUCUACCCCCUCACAGCCACCGUGCCAGUAAGCCCUGCGUUCUCUUGAAGUGGGUCCCAGGAAAAGUAAGUAAUUACUUCAGAAGGGAUGUUGUUGGAGUAACUUGUGACUACAGAGGGGGCUUUGGUUCUCUCUAG